AUGGACCUCCUUCAAAUCGGCGCUCACUGCUCACUGCCCUCAUGCAACGACCUCGACUUUCUUCCCAUCGUCUGCAAUUGUAACAAACAUUUCUGUAGGUUCCACAGCGCCCCAGACCGUCAUUCAUGUCCUCUCAUCGUCCCCAACGACUUGAAGCCACCCCUCAGCACUGAUCGGCUCCAACGAUGUAUCGUCGAAUCUUGCAAUAAGCCUAGUCUCUCCCAAACAUGUCUCCAGUGUCUCCAGGCCUUCUGCCCAGACCAUCGUUAUCCAGAUUCACAUACUUGUUCGCCUCAUGUGCAACCCGUCAUCGAGCCACUUAGAAGCGAAAACGCAAGGGCUAUUUUUGCGAAGCAUUUCCCCCAGCCAUCGGGGACAAGUAAACGACAGACUCUUCGCACAAAAAUCUCCACAAACCCUGCCAAGCUUGCUCAACUUCACAAAGUCGAGUUGAUCAAGUUGCGCCGUCGCGCUCUGCCCGGUGAUCCUAGAGACAAGUCCGUUUCCGUUCCUUCCGACCAGCGUUUACACAUCAAGGUCGCUCACACUGACAAGGUGUUUUGGUUUCGCAAGACUUUGAUUGCUGGUAAAGUCCUGGAUCUCAUUGCAACCCAACUUCAUUUCUCAUUCUCUGAUUCCACUCCAAUCGACUUGUGCAAAUUGGUAGAUGACGAGCAGGGGCAUGUCGUUUUGCGCAAGGAUCAACUGUUGGCCGAGCAGGUAGAAGACCCAUGCACUCUCUUGAUUCGCCCGGGAUGUGCGCAUACGAAUAUGUCAUGA